AAUCUGUCCCUCUGAAAACUUUCCUGGUAUCUAUGUUCCUAGUUACUGGUGACUUUUAGCUGUGCAUAGGAAGUUUGUGUUUCAGCGGAACUCUUAAGAAGUUCUGACAAUGUCUGCAAAAAGGAGCUUGUUACUCGGAUAAAGCAGGAACAAGUCGCACUGCUGUGUAAUGGUGAAGUACACACUGCUGUAGGUAGACGGUUGGCCAUGGCUGAGCGUGUGCUUGUUAUCGGGAGUGGUGGGCGCGAGCAUGCACUAGCAUGGAAGCUGGCUCAGUCACCUCAUAUCCAGCAAGUCCUAGUUGCCCCUGGCAAUGCAGGCACAGCCAGCUGUGGAAAGAUCUCCAACUCUGCUGUGAGUGUGAGUAAUCAUGCCAUCCUGGCACAAUAUUGCAAAGAUCAUAAUGUGGGACUGGUGGUGGUUGGCCCAGAGGUUCCCUUAGCUGCCGGUAUGGUAGAUGAUCUAACUGCAGCAGGCAUAAUGUGUUUUGGGCCCUCUGCAAAGGCCGCACAGCUGGAAGCUAGCAAAAGUUUUGCUAAAAGUUUCAUGGACCGUCACAGCAUCCCCACGGCCCGCUGGAGCUCCUUCACUGACCCACAGGAGGCCUGCAGCUACAUCCGAGAAGCGGAUUUCCCAGCACUAGUGGUUAAAGCCAGCGGACUGGCUGCAGGGAAAGGAGUGAUAGUGGCAAAGGAUAAGGACGAGGCCUGUCAGGCAGUACUGGACAUCAUGAAGGAUAAGACAUUUGGCGCUGCUGGUGAUACUGUGGUGGUUGAAGAACUGCUUGAAGGAGAGGAGGUUUCCUGUUUGUGUUUCAGUGAUGGCUCCACAGUGGCUGCUAUGCCUCCAGCACAGGACCAUAAACGGCUGCUAGAUGGAGAUCAGGGUCCAAACACGGGGGGAAUGGGGGCCUACUGCCCCACCCCACAGGUGUCUGAGGAGAUGCUUCACCAGAUUAAAACCACUGUACUGCAGAAGACUGUAGAUGGCAUGAAGCAGGAGGGCAUGCCGUAUGUUGGUGUGCUCUAUGCAGGGCUCAUGUUGACUAAGCUGGGGCCAAAGGUGCUGGAGUUUAACUGCCGAUUUGGCGACCCCGAAUGUCAGGUGCUGCUGCCCCUCCUGAAGAGUGAUCUGUAUGAGGUGCUGAAGAACACACUCCAAGCCAAACUUGCCUCCAGUCCUCCUAUCUGGCUGGAAAACAGUGCUGCAGUUACUGUAGUCAUGGCCAGUGAAGGAUAUCCGGGAGCCUAUAAGAAAGGUGUCGAGAUCACAGGGCUCUCUCAGCUCACAGAAAUGGGGAUGCAGGUCUUCCAUGCUGGCACUGCCCUGAAGGAAGGGGGUGGAGUUGUGUCUAGUGGUGGGCGUGUUCUGACGGUCACAGCGGUUUGUCCCACUUUGGAGAGUGCUCUGCACAGCGCAAAUGCAGGUGUGGCCGCUCUGGGCUUCCCAAAUGCAGUGUAUCGCCGUGACAUUGGCCACCGCGCCAUCGCCUACCUCACUCGUUCCAGAGGACUGACCUAUAAGGACAGUGGAGUGGACAUAGCAGCAGGGAACAAGCUGGUGGACAUGAUCAAACCUCUAGCCAAGGCCACGUCUCGCUCAGGAUGCAAUGCUGAGCUCGGAGGAUUUGCUGGGCUGUUUGACCUAAAAGCUGCUGGAUUUGUUGACCCCAUACUCGUAGCUGGAACUGAUGGAGUUGGCACCAAACUUAAGAUCGCACAGGCGUGCAACAUCCACAACACUCUUGGCCAGGACCUGGUAGCCAUGUGUGUGAAUGACAUCUUGGCUCAGGGAGCAGAGCCACUCUUCUUCCUGGAUUACUUCUCGUGUGGGCAGCUGGAUGUGGGCGUGGCUUCCUCUGUGAUUCGCGGGAUUGCGGAGGCUUGCCAAAUGGCGGGUUGUGCCCUACUGGGUGGUGAGACAGCUGAGAUGCCAGGAGUGUACGGUGCAGGAGAGUAUGACCUGGCUGGGUUUUGCGUUGGUGCUGUGGAACGUGACUCCCUUCUCCCCAGAUUAGGAGACAUUCAGGAAGGCGACGUGCUAAUUGGAGUAGCUUCCUCCGGAGUGCACAGCAACGGCUUUAGUCUAGUGAGGAAGAUUCUGGAGCGUGCUGGACUGCAGUAUAGCUCUCCAGCUUCUUUUGGACAGUCAGGACAAACUGUGGGCGAGGUGCUGCUCACACCAACUAAAAUUUAUAGCCGCCUCCUCCAACCAAUCCUGCGCAGUGGAGCAGUGAAAGCCUACGCCCACAUCACUGGAGGCGGGCUGCUGGAGAACAUUCCGAGAGUUCUGCCUAAAGAGCUGGCUGUAGACAUGGAUGCCAUGCUUUGGCGGAUUCCUCCCGUAUUCUCCUGGCUCCAGAAGGAAGGUGCGCUGUCUGAGGAGGAAAUGAGUCGCACUUUUAACUGUGGCCUCGGAGCGGUGUUAGUAGUGGGCAAGCAGGAUGCACAGAGGGUCCUACGACAAGUGCAGGCCCAGGAGGAGGCUUGGAUUGUGGGCUCACUCAUACACAAACUGCCAGGUGCAGAAGCUGUGGUCAUUAGAAACCUGGAGCACAGUCUGAAAGCAGGUCCCAGUCCGUCUCCUGACGUCAGCGUAGCCCCGAACGGCACGUGUCAAAGAAAUUCCAGCUCUCGCAGGAGGACCAAAGUGGCUGUGCUGAUCUCGGGGACAGGCACAAAUCUACAGGCACUGAUGGAGCAGACCAAGAAGCCAUCAAGUUCUGCUGAGAUCGUGGUGGUCAUCUCAAACCGGCCAGGCGUGCUGGGCUUGAAGAGAGCCUCUAUGGCAGGCAUUCAGACACGGGUGGUGGACCAUAAGCUCUACGGCAGUCGUGCGGAGUUUGACAGUACUAUCGACCGUGUUCUGGAGGAGUUUGGAGUGGAGCUAGUGUGUCUGGCUGGCUUUAUGAGAAUCCUCACUGGGCCCUUUGUCAGAAAGUGGAAUGGCAAGCUGCUGAACAUCCAUCCUUCACUGCUGCCUUCCUUCAAAGGUGUGAAUGCACAAAAGCAAGCGCUGCUGGCCAGGGUUCGGGUAACCGGUUGCAGUGUGCACUUUGUGGCUGAGGAGGUGGAUGCAGGAGCUAUCAUCGUACAGGAAGCUGUUCCCAUUCUGACGAACGACACAGAGGACAGUCUAUCAGAGCGCAUCCGGGAGGCGGAGCAUCGGGCCUUCCCCACCGCUUUAGAGCUUGUAGCGAGUGGAGCAGUGAGACUUGGGGAAGAUGGGCACAUCAUCUGGAACCAGUCAGCAUAGGUGUUGGGGCUUGAGCUAAAUAUACAGAUAAGAGCUAACGUAGUAGUGCAUGGACUCGGCUCCACUGUUAACAUCUGUCUGUGAUUCUGAAUUAGUCUCAAAUACACUGAGUGACUUCACUUAAUCUCAUUUCAUAUGCUGAUGUUGGUGUGUUGUACGUUCUCCUCUGUAGAGUUUUACACUGUUACACAUACACUGUAAAACUGUUACAACAGUGCAUUGCCUGAACAUUGCCACUGUGUAUUUCUGAACAUUCCAUAACUAAUAUAAUAGUUAUAUUAGUAGCUUAGCUGCUGUUAUGAGUCCACUUUACCUCUUCCUCUUAUUGUGUUGAGCAAUACUUAAAAAUGAUUAACCCACUUUGUAUGAAAGAUGAAUUGCAUGACAAAUUGGAAGUCAUCAGUUUCUCCAAACCAGAAAGAGCUGUAACGUUUAUGGCUGGUGAUAAACUGCAGUUAACUGCUGUAAAAUCGUUCUGUGCAUGUAAAAGCUGACACUGUGAUACUGCCUGGUACUGAAUAUAUUAAAUCUCGACAACUUGA